GCGGGAGACCGUCCCCUCCGGAGCGGGCCCGGAAGGGCGGACGAGUGACUGGCUACCUCCCUCGGGGAGUGGCCCCUGGGCGGGCCCCUGCUGGGCUGGGCUGAGUCGGCGGCGGCGGCUCCGCGGCGUCUCGCUCGCCUUCAGUCCGAGGUGGGGGUUAGCUUUGGAGGUUCCCUAGUCGAAGGGGUGAGUUCACUAUCCGCAGUGAGCCUCUUUCUUCUCCUACUCGGUCUGUCACAGUGGCCCAGAGGCCGCGAUUAGCUUCCGGCUCCGUGACAGCUGCACGCCUGGCUGGCCUGGGCGAACCGAGGGGCUCGGAGACCUUCAGCCACGCGGGGUCGGGCGAUGAGCAGUCAGAAAUCAUCUCCGCUUUGGCCCACGCCUGCUCCCCAGUGACAGCCGCCCGCCCCAUUCGCGUCUAGUUAGCGCCCGCCGCAGGGUUUCGCGCUCGACUUUGAGGUGUCACCCAUGCGGAAAUUGGGGGAACCACAUGGAAUUGGGUAGGGAUGAAAGGACGAAGCAGGAUUUGGGGGCUCCGGCCUUAAGUGUAGAUUAAAUGGAGAAAAGGCUGCAUAAAAGAAAAAGACCUGGUAAGGAAGAAGCAUUUACUACACUUGUCAACAGUGGUCAAAGGCCCUGCAAACACACCCACAGAAGAAGAAGAAAAAUAUUUCUCAGCUGGGGCAGAUUUGUGGAUGUUUACUAACAGGUCAGCAGAUUAAUUUAAAAUAGAGAAAUAGAGGGCUAAUUGAGAGUUGCUUAAGAUUUCCAUGCUGUCUGGGAGAGCCCAUCAACUUCAAACACUGCUGUGGAGCUGUCCCUUUCCCCCCAACACAUCGCUUGACAUCUGAAGAAGUAUUUGAUAUGGAUGGGAUACCCAGGGUUGAUGUUCUGAAGAAUCACUUAGUAAAAGAAGGUCGCGUAGAUGAAGAAAUUGCACUUAGAAUUAUCAAUGAGGGUGCUGCCAUCCUUCGGAGAGAAAAAACCAUGAUAGAAGUAGAGGCUCCAAUUACAGUGUGUGGUGACAUCCAUGGCCAAUUUUUUGAUCUGAUGAAACUUUUUGAAGUAGGAGGAUCACCUGCUAAUACACGAUACCUUUUUCUUGGUGAUUAUGUGGACAGAGGUUAUUUUAGUAUAGAGUGUGUCUUAUAUUUAUGGGUCCUGAAGAUUCUCUAUCCAAGCACAUUAUUUCUACUACGAGGCAACCAUGAAUGCAGACACCUUACUGAAUAUUUUACCUUUAAGCAGGAAUGUAAAAUUAAAUAUUCAGAAAGAGUCUAUGAAGCUUGUAUGGAAGCUUUUGAUAGCCUGCCUCUUGCUGCACUUUUAAACCAACAAUUUCUUUGUGUUCAUGGUGGACUUUCACCAGAAAUACACACACUGGAUGAUAUUAGGAGAUUAGAUAGAUUCAAAGAGCCACCUGCAUUUGGACCAAUGUGUGACUUGCUAUGGUCCGAUCCUUCUGAAGAUUUUGGAAAUGAAAAAUCACAAGAACAUUUUAGUCACAAUACAGUUCGAGGAUGUUCUUAUUUUUAUAACUAUCCAGCAGUGUGUGAUUUUUUGCAAAACAAUAAUUUGUUAUCGAUUAUUAGAGCUCAUGAAGCUCAAGAUGCAGGCUAUAGAAUGUACAGAAAAAGUCAAACUACAGGGUUCCCUUCAUUAAUAACAAUUUUUUCGGCACCUAAUUACUUAGAUGUCUACAAUAAUAAAGCUGCUGUAUUAAAGUAUGAAAAUAAUGUGAUGAAUAUUCGACAGUUUAACUGUUCUCCACAUCCUUACUGGUUGCCCAAUUUUAUGGAUGUCUUCACAUGGUCUUUACCAUUUGUUGGAGAAAAAGUAACAGAAAUGUUGGUAAAUGUUCUGAGUAUUUGUUCUGAUGAUGAACUGAUGACUGAAGGUGAAGACCAGUUUGAUGAACGGCUCAUAUAUGGCAGUAAAAAAGUAGGUUCAGCUGCAGCCCGGAAAGAAAUCAUAAGAAACAAAAUUCGAGCAAUUGGCAAGAUGGCAAGGGUCUUCUCUGUUCUCAGGGAGGAGAGUGAAAGUGUGCUGACACUCAAGGGCCUGACUCCCACAGGGAUGUUGCCUAGUGGAGUGUUGGCUGGAGGACGGCAGACGCUGCAAAGUGCCACAGUUGAGGCUAUUGAGGCUGAAAAAGCAAUACGAGGAUUCUCUCCACCACAUAGAAUCUGCAGUUUUGAAGAGGCAAAGGGUUUGGAUAGGAUCAAUGAGAGAAUGCCACCCCGGAAAGAUGCUGUACAGCAAGAUGGUUUCAAUUCUCUGAACACCACACAUGCCACUGAGAACCACGGGACUGGCAACCAUAGUGCCCAGUGACCCACGGCUUCCCAGGGACUCUCACAUCUCGGGCCCCAAAUGGACAGAUCACCCGAGGAGCUGGAGGGGUCGGCCAAGCUGACUGUAAAUGUCACAGUCCCUCUGGAGAAACCAUUGUGCUUUUGAGACCCCAGUCCCCUUCCUGGACAGAGGCUUGAGGGCCCUGGGACAUGUUGUGCUAUCUGAUAAGAUUGGGUCAUCUCUGCCGAGGUGGAGAGCAGUAAUAAGCAAGGGGCUUGGGGCAAUUACCAGUGGAGGGCAACUACACCUCCAUAUAUGCUUGUGGUUCACACAUUUAAGUUUACAAAUGAGAUUUCUUUUUUCCCUCAGUAGAAUUAGAUUCUGUUUUUCAACCAUGACUUCAAAUGCAGUCCUAAGAGCUAAUGUGGACUCUGCCCUUCCCCCCUCAACCAUGAAAUGUCUUUAAAGGAUGAAUUAGCAUGGUCUUAAAAUACAUUUCUGAGGUUAUUAAGCUGUUUUGAAUUAUGGGCAAAAUACUGAGAAACCCAGUUGGUGUUCAUACAAAAUGCUGACCUCAGGUCUAUAGUUCUUAAAUGUGGCUAAUUCUGUAAUACAACCUUGGUAUUUUUCAAUUAUGAAUGCAACAUUUCUAGGCAUUCUGUUACUUGAACACAAAUCCAGAAAACUAAUUUAGACUCUUUUUUGCCCAGAUGUGAGAUUUAAACCCCAGAGAUGUAAGAAGAAAACCUCUUAAUUUCAAAAUUAUGAAAAAUUACAGAAUUACCCAUUUAAGGUACUUUAAAAGAAGUUUGUACAUUGUCAAAGUAAAUUUUAAUUCAAAUCAUGUCUGUAAAACUUGAUGUAUUUUGUGUAUGCAUGUUUUCAUUUUGCAAAUAUUUAAUAUAUAGACCUAUGAUGUACAGGUACGACAUGUAUAGGUUACCUAGAUGUUAUGAGAAAUUUUAGUUUAUUGUGAGUACUACAGUUGCUUAGCCACCAGGGUGAUUUGCUGCUGGCUUUCUAUCAUUUUUAUGUUUUGAUGCAAAGGAAGAUUUUAAGUCUUUUGGAAGUGUCUUUGAUUAAGCAGUACAGCAUAGAAGCAAUGGUUCUGUUCAAUCAUUCAGAUGUUAAUGAAAGCAUAAAAGUCAAGACUGCAUGUUGAACAUUUUCUUUUAAUAGUUACAGAACUGCUUGGUUAAACUAAAUGGAACCAUGUGCUAAUUUUUCACAAUUAUUGACCUGUAUUGAUUGCCACAGUAGUUUGGUAUUUCCCUUUACUUUGGUGGCCUGCUUCCCUCAUGCCCUGGAAUACAACUCAGAGCUCCAGGCAGUGGAACCAUCUAUUGUUUGUUUGCCAGAAAGUGCACCCUGUAUGGUCUCCUGUCUAAGUUGGAAAUAUUAUGCAUGUGCAGGACUAUUUGAGUAUUUUAUAAACAGUAGCACACAAUAAAUUCCAUGCAUGGGCCGCUGCUCCUA